AUGGGCAAUGAGGUGAGUCGCCCCGCCGACCUGAGUCCGCAGAGCUCGGGCGUGGUGCCUCCCCGCUCGCCGUACACGCCAACAGGAGGGUCCUCGCGUCGUGCGCAGAGCUUCAACUCGAGCUCUCCAUCUCCGUCGCCUGCUGCGUCAAACGCUCCGCCUCCGCAACGUCGGACCAGCAGCAGCUCGAGUCUGGGCUCAAACCCUAGUUCAACUCCGACGUCAAACCCUAAAAAGGAGCGCACGAUCCAGCGCAUGGACAAGGCCAUCCGCCGCCGCGUGCGGGGCGGCAUCACGUACAACAUGAAGCUGCUAGUGCGUGGUGCUAAGGGCACAGGCAAGACGUCGCUCUUCCAGCGCCUCAAGGGCGAGCCCAUCCCGGAGACGCACCAAUCCACGCCACAGCUUCAAUCGGCCACAAUUAAGUGGAGUUUCCGUCAAAAUCUGGAAGAAAAUGUCAAAUGUGAGGUCUGGGACGUCGUGGACAAAGGAUUCGUGUCUGUAGAGACCGAGGAAGGCGCAGAAGAAGGCUCAACACGCCCCCAGAAUGCAUCCACAGGGGUCAGCAAUGAGCACGGAGGCCUACAGAGUGGAGGGAGCUUGUCAGCCGAAGCUAGCGCCGCCGCAGCCGCAGCAGCUGCGGCCAUGCAGAACGGGACUCACUCUGUAGCCAUCGUGGACGCCUCUACCGUGGACGUGUAUCAUGAAGCUCAUAGCGUCAUCUUCCUACUGGAUAUAACUAAGUGGGAUACGCUAGAGUACGUGAAGCAGCAGCUGGACAGCGUACCAGUCCACAUCCCGACGUUAGUACUGGGCAACUUUAGAGACCAAGGAGCACAGAGGAAGAUCUUUAAGGAGGAUAUCCAGGAACUGCUUUACGGAUCGAGGGACCGACCGCAGUCGCAGCAGUGGAGAAGACCGAGCGAGUUGCUGUAUUUCGAGUGUUCGUUGCUGAAUUGCUACGGGUUAAAGUCGCUGCACCAGUACUUUGGGAUCCCUUUCUUGCAGCUCAAGCUGGCGACUAUCAGACAGCAGAUGCGGAUCGUAGAAGGAGAGUUCGCGCACUUGAAGCACGAUGUGCAGGCGACUAUCAGCGACCAGCGAUACUCCGAGUACGUGGAGCAUAUCAAGGCUACAGGAUCGGACAUUCGGACAGGCAGACGAGGCUCUGGAAGCGGAAAUACUCCACUAGCUGCGUCGAGGAGCAACUCCGUGAGGUUAUCACCUCGGGAAAGCAGUCAAUCGACGUCUAGGACGCAGCAGGAAGGUGCAGAUGAUGACGUGAGUGUCGUUGAGAAGGAUAAUGGCGCUGGAACUCCCCCCAAGAGGACGCACCAUCUCAGGAUGUGGAGGAUUUGCCUGCGAGAACUAAUAGUGUUGUUAUCCAGACAGCGCCACGACUAA